AAACCACACCCGUAAAGCGAAAAGCUAUACGCACGACAGUUUUGAGAGAAUCGUCCCAAAGUAUGGUUGGGGCAAAAAAUGUCAGAAUGAAGUUUUCGGAAAUAUUAAAAUUGGCUUUGGUUGGGCUUGGAUUAUCUCAGAUCUGCGUUCAAGCCGAUGAUCAUGUCUUUGAAAAGUUGGGCGAACUUGAAUUCCAAUGCCCAGAUGGGUGGAUCAUUCACAAAGCCAACUGUUAUAAGAAAGUGGAUGUUGAGAUGACGUUCAACGAGGCGUCCACGACGUGUUACCUGGAGGGUGCUCAUCUGCUGUACUUGGCGAAUGAGAUUGAACACGACGAGGUCAUAGCCCGCAACGCGCCAGGAAUGAACAUAUGGAUGGGCUACGAGACGAACGGAACCCACAUUGGUCGUAACGUUACUAGUUUCCACACUCCAAGCGAUCGGAUUCCACGUUGGGCUAACUACGAGCCCGCCCAAAACAUGCACGACAUUGACUGUAUUCUUGACGACUAUAAGAAGGGGCUUAUUGUUAGAGCGUGCGACGAGAUGCAUCCUUUCUUCUGUAAGAGAAGGGCUUGUCUCAAAGGUUACAUGUCCUGCGACACGGCUACGAAGUGUGUUCCUGAGGCGAGAAAGUGUGACGGGAAACUUGACUGUUUGGACACUAGGGAUGAAUUGGACUGUCCUACUGAUAUGAACUAUAUAGACGUGGAAACCUCGGGAAAUUUUUCUACUCGCACCCUGUAUUCUGGUCAGCAAAGAAUUUGGACAAUGAAAGCUCCCAUUGGACGACGAAUUAAGCUUUACGUGCCCUCUAUGACCCUCGAAACGAAUGUGGCGUUUUUAGAAGUAUGGACUGGUAAUCCUACAUUUGCUGUUUCUCGGCUCAUAAAGAGGUUUACUGGAACUGUAAGUGCGGGCGUUUAUCUGUAUUCAGAUAACAACUACAUGACUGUUCGUCUGUACGCCAACAACCUACAGCAAAACUUCAACGCAAAAACAUUGAGUUAUACCGCAGAUAAUACAAACAUAUUUCUUGGCUACAAGGACCUUGACGCUACGGUCGCGUUGAAAUCGCUGACCUUCCCUUACCAGGGAAUGGAAUAUAAACCAGAAGGUCUACACCUGCGUUGGAGAAUUACAGCUCUUGGCGGAGAUUAUAUUACGUACUAUGUUGAGCCAAUAGAUAAGACGAAACCCACAUCAGGGAAGAUACGCGGCGGGAUGACAUACCUAGAACCGGGUGAUGUCCGAGUGACCGGACGUAAAGAACUGCACAUCACAAUGGAAGGCGUUCCUGAAAAUCUCCAACUUAUGUACAAAUCAGGCUGUGGUGACAUUACGCUGAUGCAUGAGUAUGGUACAAUACAACUGUUUGACGAACUGAUUCCAAACAAUGCAACGUGUACGUGGACAUUAAAAGGGGGAGAAGCAGUUGGUCGAGGACUGGCGUUAAAGUUCAUGAACGACCUGUACGACGAUCCACGUACAACAUUGGCAACAAAGUCCAUGGAUAUCUUUACGAUUGAAGGCUCAGGAGGGACUGAGACUGAGGUGGAGAAUUAUCCUGCGAUGAUUUACCAUAGUUCGAAUGGUACCUUUAAAGUCACUUUUCAAUCUGAUGUUGCCCUUAAUUCAAAGAGUUCUAGUUUCGACUUCGGAGCAGACUGCCCAAUGCUUGAUGUUUCCGAGCAAACGGAAAUAAAUAAAAACACGACUUACUUUGAUGAAGAUGUUCUGUUGACAUGCCCUACUGGAUACGACUUUCACCUUGAGAAAUAUGCACCCAGAGCGUCGCUUACACUAAGGUGUACUAAAGGAUCAUGGUACAUUGAUGAUGAUAAACUUGCUGCAAUUCCAGAAUGCAAGAUGGUAUUUUGUGGCGCUCCUCCGAAAGUUAACAAUGCAUAUGUUACUUACGCCUCUGGCGGUUCAUAUAUGUCAGUCGCUACCUACGCUUGCAAUCCGGGAUUCAAUAUGGCGGGCGGACCAAAUGCAACCUGCAUGGAUAGCGGCGAAUGGGGGGGAUAUCCUUCCUGCUCUUCGUCAAGCUGUAAUGCAUUGCCGGACAACCUCGUACUAAACGGAAGGCUAGAAAUACGCGGAGGUAACAAUUUCACUGGAGGGAACGCUGAUUUUGACACAGUUGUACAGUUUUUCUGCAAUGAUGGCUACGAACUGGUGGGUACAGUACGGACCCAUUGCAAUGCCAGCGGCUGGACACACGGGACUACUCCUCCGACUUGUCAACGACUAUCAUGUGAGAAACCAAGCUUGCCGAACGGGGUAUAUAAUCCUGUUGGAGAAAUACAAUUUGGAGACACUCUGACAGCAACUUGCAACGCAGGGUAUCAGUUCAAAGACAACCCAGACAGCCUGUCGUUGACAAUGACCUGCCGAGAAAAUCAAACCUUUGACACAGUGGAUGAAUGCAUAGAUAUCGACGAAUGUCAAGCUGGCACCAGUGGCUGCGACCUUGACUCAACAGCAUGUAGGAAUAACGUAGGUGGCCGCGAGUGUAUCUGCAAAGAUGGCUUUAACAAUCCCACUGGGGAAACCACUUGCUCAGACAUCAACGAAUGUUUAGAAAACAACGGUGGCUGUUACGAUAUGGCCAACUGCGUAAACGCCCCAGGCACAUACAGCUGUACAUGUCCCAAUGGUCACAAACUGUUUGAAACGAAUGGAGACCAGGGAUUCACUCUGCAAGCGUCCGAGACUGGACUUGGGGAAAACGAUAUGUAUCGAAUCAACCAUACGUGUGUCCCGUUGGAAUGUCCUGGGUUGCCGAACAUCCAGAAUGGAUGGUACUUGACCAGGGAGACUCAGUUUCAUUUCAAUGAAGGAGUGGACAUUCAUUGUGCAGAUGGCUAUUUCUUUGCCAGUGACGGAAUUACUACAUCCGACACAGACGGCAAAUUAACAUGUAAAGCUGCCGGAAACUGGGACAUAACACCAUCAUGCUCUGCACGGGAGUGUUUAGUACCUGUUAGGCCAUUGAAUGGGAUGUAUGACACAGAAAAAGUAGUUUUUGGGGAACAACUUACGCUCACCUGUAACCUAUCUGAAUCAGAGCAGAUUACUAGACAAGCUAUUUGUUUGUUCAAUGGCACGGAGAAGGGAGUUGUGUUUGGUGGAGAUGAUAUCAACGUCUGUCCAGAAAUCAAUUGUGGAGAUCCUGACGAUGUAAUGCCGCAAGCGGGAACCUACGCUGGAAACAAACCACUGACGUUCACCUACUGGUCAGAAACCUCGAAAUUCACAUUCGAUUGUUCAGCUGGCUCUCGUGUCACCGGAAAAUCCGAAGACGAAGAUAUGGAUGUCAAGUGUAAAGCAAAUGGCCGAUGGAGUUUAGGAUCGUUGGGAUGUUUAGGCGAGAUGUGCAUGGAUCCUGGAACACCAGGAGACGCCAAUCAAGUCGCAUUAGGUUAUGAAAUAGAUGCAACACUAAGCUAUGCAUGCACAAGAACAGGAUUCAAACCGACAGGGCCAGAAAACUACACCUGUGAAUAUAACAAUGUUGCAGCAGUAUGGUCAGGCAAUCUGGACAACGUUCUUCCUACGUGUGAGGACAUUACAAAACCGACUUACGAUAAAUGCCAGACAGAACCACAGACUGCAUUUAAAAUGGAAUCCGCAAAUUUUGAUGUUCCGACAUUUGGAGACAACUUUGCGAUUCAAAGUGUUUCUAAAACUGGCUUCGCUCUCCCUGGGGAUGUUAUGACGUCGAAUGAAACAGUAACGUACACAGCAAAUGAUUUCAAUGGAAAUUCAGCGACUUGCUCGAGUUCUAUUGUAGUUUCAGAACGCAAGAAACCCUCCAUUGAUUGCCUGUCUGAGAAAAUCAUCAGUGUCGAAGAUAGGACUCAAACUGUGUACAAUGUGAGCGAUUGGAAAACACAGUUUUACCAGGAGGUGGACGCUCACACUACAGAGCUUUUAUCCAUCGUGCCAGAAUCUGUGAUCUCAGAUGUAAGCAAAAUAGGGGCUUCGAAAGAAAUCGUGGUCACCGUAGGGUUUGCAGACGGGGCAAAUAUGGGCGUAGAGUCACAAUGUAAAUUCCGAGUAUUCUAUAAAGCUGGUGCUUGUUUCGAAGAAAGCUUAUUUAGUGACAGUUUUGCAACCACGAUCUGUGUGGAUACAGGAGUAGGAGGGUUAGAAUGCACUCGAACAUGCAGUAACGGAUAUGUGUUUGGAGAUGGAGCCACAUCAAAGACAUUCAUUUGCAGUUCGCCUAAUACUUGGGACUUUAACCAAGCGGACCCUACAAAUCGUUAUUGUCUCCCAAUACAAACUUCAGACGAUACCAUCGACGUGCAAGUUAUCUAUGAUUACGCCUUUUUGAACCACAAUUGCUUGGGGAUUUUUUUUAAUAAGAUGGAUGGUGAGCUCAUUACCUUUGAAAACAACGUUAGGUCAUCUUGCAAUGAAAACUGGGAUGCACAAGUCGUUACAGUAAAUUUGGUUCAAACAGCCAAGUUUUCAGCGACGUUAAAAUUGACUUUGCUUUCGUCGGCAACAACCACUGAGAAGAACAACUGUUUGGACAAUAUACGCAAUAACUCAGCAUUGUUUAAUUUCGGGAAUACUGACUUGACAUGCGGUUCAGUUACCGCGGCAAUAAGUGUUGAUUUAACUUCUACCGGGGAUAUAGAGGUUACCUGCCAACAGAGCUAUCACUUCAAAGUGACAAGUGCUGACCUAGCUGUUGACGUUUGCGUUCCAUGCGGUCCAGGUCUGAUCUACAGUUCUACGUCACAAUCUUGUGAAGCCUGCCCUGAUGGCCAGUACCAAGAAAAUAACAUGCAGACAACAUGUGUAUCAUGCAACAGUGGUUUAUAUCCAAAUGCAGCUAGAACCAAAUGCCAAGUUACAUGCCCGGCUGGAUACACAUCAACCGAUGGGUUUUAUCCCUGCACACCAUGCGCUGCUGACUCGUACUCAGCGAAUACAACAACAUGCAUACAGUGUCCGAAUGGAGGGUCGACAGUCGGAGUGCCAGCUGCCUCGUCUGAACAGCAAUGUUUUGACCCUUGCCCGGAGGGACAGUAUUCUUUGUCUGGUUUCAUGAACACCGAAUGCAGUCCAUGUCCACUACACCAUUACCAAACUAUCCCUGGGAUGACGUAUUGUGACCCAUGCCCGACUACACAUAUGACAUUGCAAACGGGAAGCGUGAACAAUACAUUUUGUUUUCUUAUAGAAGGUUGUAACAGAACUUACUGUUCCGACAGAGGGACGUGUGCAACAGCAUUCGGACGGAAGAACUGCCAGUGCGAAGAUGGCUACUAUGGUGAGCAAUGUGAGGACAAUUAUCAUAUCUGCAGCGGAAAUCCUUGCACAAACGGCGGGACUUGUGUGCCUGGUGAUGGCCCAAUGGAUUACACGUGUUCUUGUGUGAAGGAUUAUGAUGUAUGUAUCAUGGAAAACAAAGCUGACAUGAUGGCCGGUAAUGUCACUGGUCAAUCCGGGUAUUCUAUUGUUCAAGAUAAGGCGGAAUGCGAACAACUUUGUCUUGACGACGAAAACUGCAUAGAGGCGACAUUUUUGACAUCAGCUAUUGGUAUUUCUGCCUGUAGACUUUUCAACAUAACAGCUUAUCUAGAACCCGCUACCAUUGCAGGAACAGUACACAUGUCAAAACACUGCACAUCAGGAUUUACCGGCGAAAACUGUGAGGUGGACAACAUUGACAACUGCAACAACUCUCAAUGUCACGAAAAUUCGCGAUGCGUGGACAAAAUCAAUGAUUAUGGGUGUAUUUGCUCCUCAUCUGGAGGAUUCGGGGGUCAAUACUGUAAAACUUCAACAAAUCCCUGUGAUGAUUCACCAUGCCAACAUGGAACAUGCCAAAAUUUUGACAAUGUACGAUAUGAAUGCAUUUGCCAGGACGGUUAUGAUGGAAUUAAAUGUAACAAUAACACAAACGAGUGUAACGCACAUCCCAAUGCAUGCAUGUAUGGUGGAUCAUGCGUUGACCGUGUGAAUGGAUACGAGUGUAAUUGCAUGACCGGUUUCACGGGAGAACACUGUGAGAUUGUACCGAACUACUGCUCAUCUGGUGACUGUCAAGAGGAAAACGUUUGCUAUAGCAGUUUAGAUGCACAUGAUGGUGUCUGUUCAUGCGAUUCUCGUUUCUUCGAGCCGGUAUACCUCUGUGAUAUGCAAGACACAAUUGGGAAAAGUCUGGGCGACUCUGAGGCUAAUGUUAUAGGUGGUGUGAGGAUUGUGCAAUCUAUUCAAGAAUGUAAAGACUUAUGUCAGUAUGAACCUGAUUGCGGUUAUGCUAAAUAUGAGGAGUUUUCAGCCGGUAAAUCAUGCCUUCUGUACAAAAGGGGCCCAGUAAAUGAAAUAGACACCGCAGGAUCAACUCUUAUCAAGAAGGACUGCAGCAAUGAAGGAACUCAUUAUAACUGCAAUAGAAAGGCAACCCCCUGCGAUACAAUUACUUGUUACAACAACGGGACCUGCUCAGAUAACGGUUAUGUAGGUACCUGCCAAUGUGCCGCGGGAUUCUGGGGUUCUCGAUGUCAGUACAGUGUAGACGAUUGUGUUAAUAACAAUUGCCAGAAUGGUGCUGUAUGUGAAGAUGGCUAUAUUGGUUUUACAUGUGGAUGUCUUGCGGGAUUUGAAGGAAACCAGUGUGAGACAAAUACUGAUGACUGUCCUGGACUUUGUAACUCUACACAGGGAACAUGUCAGGACCUCGUUAACGGCUACGAUUGUGUCUGUGAAGCUGGAUAUCAGGGUAGCAAUUGCGAGCUGGAAAUAGACGAAUGCCUCUCAUAUCCGUGUAAACAUGGAGCUGAUUGUGAAGAUAUGGUCAAUGACUACUCCUGUAUGUGUGAAGAGGGCUGGACAGGCAAGAACUGCGACACGGAAAUAGAUCAUUGUGAAUCACGGACCUGUCAAAAUAGCGGACAAUGCUUCAAUCUACCGGAGUCAUCAUUUUGCAGAUGCGAAGGCGGUGCACUUGGGGAGAACUGUGAGAACGCAACAUUAGUAUGUGAUGUCAUGAGCGGAACUGACGUCUGUCAGAAUAGGGGUCUGUGCACAAACAAACCAGGAACGGCCUCGUGCGAAUGUCCUCCAGAUUACGAUGUGAGGCGGUGCUAUUUUGACGAAGGAAGUGAAGGAAGAUCUGGAGGUCAACAGACUACAAGUGAACCGUUAGAAGUAGAUGACCUUGAAGCAUGUAAAACCAGAUGCUUAGAUAAUCCAAAAUGCGACGAUAUGGUGUUUGUGACAAUAUUCAAAUAUUGUUAUUUGUAUGAGCGGGAGAAGUUUGUGUCUACACCAGAUGAAUCUACAAGAGUCCAUUAUCGAAGAAUUUGUCCCACAGAUUAUACAGGAGACUCGUGCGAACAAGUAAAGGAUUGGUGCUCCGACGAAAAUAACCCCUGUGAGAACGGAGGAGAAUGUACGCCAAAGGGACCCGUUGGAUAUACGUGCAUGUGUAAGCCAGGGUACAGCGGUGUUACGUGCAACAUUGACGCUGAUCCUUGUAGUACAACCCCAUGUGCGGGCGUAGCAAAAUGCCAGUCUACGGUAACGGAGCAUAUCUGUCAGUGUGAACAGGGUAAAAUAUUCACCGGAAGCCAGUGCAGAGAUGAUCCCACAAGACCAGUCAUUUUAGUUAACAAUUUAUUUGGUGUACUUGACGCGCCAACCCUACAAACACCAUUCCGUUGGACCACCCAAACGAUUUCUAUAAUGUUUAUGAUCAGAGUGCAUGCUAGUCCUGACAAUGAAUUGGCGAGUUUGUUGAAUAUUUACGUGCAAAAUUCAUUAAAUCCAAACUACCAGGAUUAUAUGUACUGGAUAUCCGUUAGUCGCAGAGGAAUUGGGGUUAAAACGAACAUGUCUCCUUGGUUGGGUGUCACGUUUAACGAAGAUUUUGGAAGUGAACUCGGGGAUGGGAGCUGGCAUCAUUUGGGUAUUGCAAUAAAUGAGAAUCGUAUGCUGUCGGCCACUUUAGAUGCUAUCACGAUAGACGAUGCUGUUGAAGUUGCAUCCCCUCCGGCGGGGGAAAAGAACGUGCAGAUAUCUCUUGGCUAUUUGAAUCUAGCCGAAUAUCAGGAUGUAUCUGUAUGGAACGUAACUUUAACGAGCCGCGAUUUCGCACUAGCGUCUGUUGGCACUCAACCAUCUAUUAAUCCUAUACAAGGAUGGUGGAACUAUGACCCUAAGACCUCAGGGAUGCGCCUGACAGAACGGUUGCCGCAUAAUCUUCUAGACGAUCCGAAUAUAAACUUCCCGCAGAUGAACUGUGAUGGUUUUGAAAACAUAAUGCAUGUGUCUGCUGAACGAGUGGUAGACAGGGAUACAUUUGUCGGCAAGAUUGAGGAGGUGAAAGAAAAUACCAAUGGAACUCUUACUUUCAAACACUCCCUUCCACCAAGUCUGACAUGGGGAUUCUAUGAAACAGUUAUUGUCGGUGUGAAUAGUAACACCCUCAACUACGGAGAAUGCAGAGUGCAGCUUGUGGUAAAAUAUAACGACGUGUGUCCAGCAGCUCGAUCAGACAACACCGAGAGUGAAGUCUGUCCUUCAGGUGCAGACGCCGUGUGUGAUCUCGCGUGUUUAGAACCAAAUAAAGCACUAUUUGCACCUGUUUCUAAAUAUAUAUCUUGUGGCACGCUUGGGGUAUGGGAUACAAGAAAACCGUAUGAUGAUCUCGUCCUUCCGGGAUGUACAAUCAGCGGAGACCCAAGGUAUGCAGUCACAAGCAUGAUGAAAUUUGAAACAGUGAUACCUUGUAGAAAUUUGGACAUAAACACCAAAGUUACCGACAGAUUGACCGAUGUGUUAAUGAACGACGUAAAUGGUAUAAAGUGGACAGGACUUUGCACCGGUGACAUGUGUGAUAACCUUGCAAUCACAAAAGCAGCCUGCAUCGGCAAUACAAACACAUUUGAAGUUGUAUUCACCCUUACAUAUUCAAGCAAAACGAUUACUGCUAUUGGUGGUGGAGAAACGUCGGUGUUAGAUGCGCUCAGGAUUAUCAUUCUGUUAGAAAAAGAUUUGAGCAUGCAGGAAAUAGCUAGUGCAUCCUUACUUGAAGACACUGUUGAAAUCACAAUGGAAGAAGUAUGUGGAGAUGGUUACGCACUCAUGAUGAGCGAUAACUCCAGAGCUUGUGUGCCUUGCGGCCCUGGUUGGAAGUUCGACACCGAGAAAAAAGAGUGUGUUCUCUGUGAUUAUGGGCAUUACCAGAACGGCAUUGCGCAAACAGAGUGCAUUCCUUGUGGGAACGACAAAUGGACGAAUUUCCGCGGAGCUAGAGACGAAAAUGACUGUAUAAUAACGUGUGAAGCUGGAACAUACUAUGAUGUUGACGAGGAACAAUGUAUGGAUUGUAAGCGACAUUACUUCCAGAACAUGACUGGGCAGGACUACUGUUUCCCCUGUCCUCUGGGAUAUAAAACAGUCGGAAAUCGUUCUACCAGCAUUGCCGCUUGUACAGAGGACUGCUUUCCUGGUUAUGUUCGAAACCCCCAAAACCUCACAGAAUGUGUUCGAUGUAAUAGAGGGACGUUUAGGAGUACCCAAGACGAUUGCGUUCCUUGUACAGAUGGAAAGUACACCUUGGAGGAUACUAUUGCAAUGGACUCGAGCAACUGUGACAUGGAUAUUUGCGAUUUUGGAGAAUUUUGGAAUGUUUCUGCAAGCAAUUGCCAGAAAUGUGAUUUUGGGUAUUAUCAAAAUGAAAUGUACGAAUUACAAUGCAAAAUGUGUGCUUCCGACUAUUCCACUAGAGACAUGGGCGCGCAGAAUGACUCUUUCUGCGAAUUUUACUGCCCUGUUGGCGAAGAGUUAAAUGCAGGGACAAAUUGUGCUAGCUGUGAACGGGGAUCUUUCAAGGAUAAUGUUGGUCUUAACAAGUUCAAUCCGUGUAAAGAAUGCAGUACUGGGAAAACAACAGAAACAACAGGAUCAACCUCGGAAUCUAACUGUUCAAUACCUGCUUGUUCAAUCGGCAAAUAUAUCAUGAAUGGCGUGUGUGAGCCGUGUCCUCAGGAUAAGUUUUCUAAUGAUGAAUUACCUACUUCGGAAACAACAUGCUUGUCGUGUACUGGCCCUGAUGAUGGAACGUACGGGACCGAGAAUACUGGCUCUUCCAGUUCAGAUUGUAAACGAUAUUGCGCUGUUGGAUUUGGACUCAGUACUGACAACGCAUGUGCUAUUUGUGAGCGUGGAUUCUUCAGCGACAAUUCUGGAAAUACACGUUUUGAGGGUUGUCAACAGUGCCAAAGGGAUUUUAAAGGAGAUAAAACAACGAAUAUCACUGGCGCAACCAGAAGCAUAGACUGUGAUAUGUAUAAAUGUGGACCUGGAGAGAUCAGUACUGAGAACGGAUGCGAUGAAUGUCCAAUAGAUACGUAUCAAUCAAUGGAUCACCCUUAUUCAAGUACUGUGUGUCAGCCGUGUAUGAACAUUGGCAUAUUUGAAACCGGAACCACAGCUGCAGGUGUUUCUAAUAGCGACGAUUGUAAACCCUUCUGUCCAUCUGGGUACAUUAUCAAUGGCGAAUCGACUGGUUGUGACCCAUGUUCGCGAGGAUCAUACAAAAACAACGAGGACAACCGGUUCGCUGCCGUGUGUAAUGAGUGUCCAGUGGGUACCACAACAGAAAGCAUGGCUUCUACACAUAUAGACAAUUGUAGCAUACCCGCUUGCAUCGCGGGGCAAUACAUCUUGAACGGUGACUGUACCAACUGCCCGAUAGAUACGUAUUCAACCGAGGAACUCCCAACAUCCGAGACGGAAUGCACGAGUUGUACCGAUGAGUGUGACCUUUGUGAUAUUCGAGGAACUGAGGGACCCGGUGCAAGUAGUGUUGAGGAAUGCAAAGUGAUUUGCGGCGCUGGUAAAGAAUACAUAGAGUCAAGCAACACUUGUGAUGACUGCUCAAGAGGAACAUUCAAGGAAGAUGCAGACAGAUUUGGCAUGUGUAAAAACUGCACGAACUCUGAUUAUACGACCCCCGGUGAAGGGGCCGUGUCAAAUGACGAAUGUGACAUCCGAGCUUGCGCACCCGGAUAUAAGAUAAACGGGCCUAACUGUGAGGAAUGCCCUCAAGGAACAUAUCAGAAUCAAAGCUACCAAUCCUUUUGUUAUCCAUGUGGAACAAAUCUGAAUACAGAAGGACCUGCAUCAGACAGUGCCAAUGACUGCCAACUGUUUUGUUCUGCUGGUCUACAAGCCACAGCUGAGAAAAACGACUGUGCCAUAUGUCCGGAACACACCUACAAGGAAGUGGAGGGAUUUUCUCCAUGUAUAAACUGCCCAACAGACACAACAUCUUUUGAUAAUAGAACGGCCUGCGGGUUAGUGUAUUGUUCGGCCGGUAAGCGGUUGACACCUGAUGAGACCGGAUGUGAACCAUGCGGUGUUCGCUUCUACAAACCAGACGCUGGUAAUACGGAAUGUUUGGAAUGUGACGAUGGGCUUACAACAGACGGAGAAGGACAGGCUUCUUGCACGAAACCCUGGUGUGUACCUGGUAAAUAUCUGAGCGGGGAAGAGUGUGUCUUGUGUGCAGAGGGAUCGUACAAGGCUUCUCACGGCAACGACGUGUGUACGGAAUGUGCUUCGGGCUUUACCACUUCCAGAAAUGGCUCUACCGCUGUUUUAGAGUGUGAUACAGUCGUAUGUCCCGCUGGUCAAUUCCGAGAUCCAGGCCAAAAGGAACAGUGCAGCCUUUGCCCGCUAAAUACGUACCAGCCAGGGGUAGGCGAAACAAUGUGCAUUAACUGUGAAGCUGGACAAAUUACAUUAGAGGCAAAAUCAACAAUGAACACGGACUGCGUUCCUCUCUGCGGGAAAGGUGAGCAGUACAAUGCAGUAACGAAGGAAUGCGACAAAUGUGUGAAGGGAAAAUACAAAGAUGUCGAAGGAAACACGGAAAUGUGCAUGAUGUGCCCCACUGACAAGACGACACUUGGAACCGGCUCAACCGAUAGUUCUGAUUGUUCACAAACCCUGUGUCCUAUUGGUACCUACUAUAAAGUUACCGCAGGAACAACCCAGUGUAUUCCAUGUGAAAAAGGUACAUACAACGCAAGAAUCAAUCAACCAUCUUGUACCAACUGUCCGCCCGGAAACACCACACUGCAAUCAGGAAGGAGGUCUCAUGACGACUGUGUUGACCAGUGUAAAGCAGGGAAUGGUUUUGAUACUUUUGAUCAGACAUGCAAAAUUUGCCGACCGGGCGAGUAUAAUGACGCAAUGGGAAAUAACGCUGACUUCUGCAAACAGUGCCCAUCUGGAAAGACAUCCACGCAGUCGGGGGCUAGUGCGUGCAAUGUGGUUGUUGACGAUCCAGUUAUUGAAGAGAAACAAGUUAAUAUUCCAAUGCGACUCGUUUUCUUUGUUGCAUUAGAUUCAUGCGAUGACACAAGCAACCUUAAAAUUAUCUAUGACCUUAUUCUCAAUACCAUCAGAACUCUUUUCAAUGCGAUUAGCAACUCGAGCUACAACAACAACAAACGCGGGUUUUGCCGAGGAAACAAAUGCGACAAUCUCGUCUUUGUUGGUCUCUCUACUUGUGGGGCAAGAGGAAACUCCGCGGGUCGCAGGCGACGUGCUGCUGACACGGAGAUCACAGUCGACUUUGCCCUGAAAAAUGUCAGUUCGUACACAGAGGACAGUAACGACGGCAGUGUUUUGAAAACUAAGGAUGUUGUGGGCAAAAUUAUUACUCAGAAUCGUGAUAAUAUGACUGUCGUGAACGACGAAAUUGUUUUCGGUGAUCUCAGCAAUAUAACGGAGACGCCACUUUGUAACCCAGGAGAAAAGAGAAACAACGAACUAUGCGAGAAUUGUCCUGCUGGAUCUUCCGGGACGGAUGGUCUGGUUUGCAGUCAGUGUGGAACUGGCCAAUACCAGGACGUGGUCGGACAGACCAGCUGUAAGGCGUGUCCGGAGAAAACGUUCAAUAACAAAAAUGGAUCAACGACAGCUGAUGACUGUCUUCCAAUAUGUGGUCCGGGAAAGCAGUUCAACAAUGUUUCGUGUGAUAUGUGUCCAAUCGGUACCUACAAAUCGGUAGAAGGCAAUGCCGCCAUGUGUGAACCAUGUCCAUCUGGGUUUACUACCGAGAACCAAGGAGCUACAUCCAGAAACGACUGCUCACAGAGGGAGUGUGAACCAGGAACAUAUCAUGUUCAAAACUCGGUGCCUAUUACGUGUACGGAUUGUCCAAUUGGAACAUACAGUACGGCGUCGAUGGUUACACAGUGCACACCCUGUAGUACAGGAAAAACAACUCUAGCUACUAAGUCAACAAGUGCAGACGCCUGUACAACAUUAUGUUCCAAUGGACGUGGGUUAAACCUCCAAACGCGCGGAUGCGACACAUGUCCAGUAGGGCAGUACAACGAUGCAAGUUCUGGUGCGAACCCCAACUUCUGUAAAACUUGUAAAAGUGGGACAACUAACUAUCAGACUGGGCAGUCAUCGUGUCCGGCAACUGUGGAUGCAGUGGUGUAUCAGUAUAGAAAGUAUGAAGUAAUGCUCAAAUAUAAAGCGGAUAUCGCCGGCUGUCAUGUUGAUAUAAGCGGCAUUCAGACCCAAGUGUCUUUGGCAAUCAGACAGACGUUUAUAUCUCAACGAGUUGCACGAUAUAAUGGUCAACGAUCCUUUUGUCCAUCUACCACGUGCAAUAAUAUUGCGGUAGAUUUUGACAAGGGUACAAACUGCAAGCUGGUGACCCGCAGACGUAAGAGGGCUCUGGACUACGAAUUAGACUUCUUGGUUUCUCUGUCUAAUAUAAGCAAUGUUAUCACAGACUCUGUUCAAAAGGAGGAAAUGAUGGCAAAAGACAUCAUUCUUUUGAUAUUAAAUCAAAAUGCCGCCCAGUUGCAGCCAUCAACCUUGGCUGGAAUAGUACAAUAUGACAGCAUUGUAACAAUAGCAUCGAAGGAGAUAUGUACAUCUGGAAACGAGUUGCGUGGAGAUGUUUGCAACCCCUGCACCCUUGGCCACUACGGCACUGAUGGGGAGACGUGUAAGCCAUGCGCUGCCGACAGAUACCAGGAUGAAACAGGCCAGGCUGACUGUAAACUGUGCCCUGCCAACACAUACAACGAUGACUUUGGCGCAACAGGACCAUUGGCAUGUAAAGACUAUUGUACGACUCACCCACUGUCUUGCAACAAUGGCGGGAAAUGUGUCGCUACCGGCCGGAGAACAUUCACGUGCAAUUGCUACGAAAACUAUGGAGGACAAUACUGCAACGAGAAGAAAACACCAACGUCUAAUAUGCCUGUUAUCCUUGGUGCCGCUAUCGGUGGUGGAGGAGCGCUGUUGAUCAUUAUCCUUGUCGUUGUUGGAUGCUACAAAUAUCUCUCUGUAAAGGACAAGCGCGAGAAAAAGCCAGAUUAUCGCUAUGGAGAAUUUGAUCAACCAAUGUUUGUUGGCACGUAUGACAACGUAGGUUUCAAUGGAUCAAUGCCCCGCCCUAUCGCUCCCUACCCGUCCAUCGGAUAUCCGUCACUGGGCUAUAAGCCCCAAGAGACAAGUUUCGACCACGGAUCCAUCACAAGUCCGUACCGAAUGCGACCCGGUGUGAAUGGCGAUCCUAUUGAAGAAGACGAUGCGCAAUACAUCUGGACAGCAUAAAAAGUGCCAUUAUUAUGAAAGGAAUACUGUUGAGCUUAAAUUUCAAAGAAUGUUUUAAACAUGUUUGUUAAUUUUACAUCAUGAAUAUCAUUAUGCUACAAGGAACCUUGUCAAUAUACUUAUUAAUACUAAAUAUCCAUAUAUCUAAAGUAGCUAUUUAGUAUUGUUUUACCAUUGUUUUGCGAAUUGUUUCACCAUGGUUUUGCGAAUAUUAAACUACGAAAAUUGCCACAUUUGCAAAAUGAAAGCAAUGAACAGUUGAUAUGGUUCCUGUGUUCAUGUGAGCUGUGUGCACGGAUGGAGGACUUUAUGCUGACAAAGCGAUCUUUAAAGUUGACAUUUGAAAGUUGCUGAAAUUAUUCUCGAGAAACUAGAAGUGGAACUCUUAAUUUAAAAGUGAAAUUCGAGAACUUUAUAAUACCUUUGACAAUGAUAACAUCCGCAAUAAAUCAUUUGCCCUUCUAGAUAUACGUGUUUCCGGUUGUCAAAUGAAUUGUAGACAUGAGAGGGGAUUCUAUAUUUGUGUUCUAGUGUUUGCGAAAUUUGUUCAAAACUGCCUUUACUAGAUAUCCUGCUAUUUUUGUUAUAUCAGAGUCUUAAUACAAACGACGUGUGUAUAUAGAUUUAAAUGUUUUUAUAUUGAUAGAUUUUUAAUGAUACUCAUAUUACAGAACGUUAUAAAUACUCGUAUCAUGACGAAAAUAUAUAUUCUUACAGAGAAAGAUUAACAUGAUCUUGUUUGUGAAACAAUAUAUCUUCUCGUUUUGUCGUAGUAAGUAUAGAAAUGUGUGACGUCAUAUAUAUAAUGAUAAAUAUAUUUGUGAUUUAAUAAUUUGGAUGUUUUUAUAUGCCAUACUCAUUAAACAAAUGUAUCCAUCAAA